UUAAGCGCCAGCCUGAUUACCCAUCAGUAUUAAGUGAGAGAUCUCUUCUCUAACUACCUCACUACAACAUUCAUUGUUGCCAUCGUUGCCCCGUCCUCAUUUUCACACCGUAGUUUGUCGUGCCAAUUCGGCGUCAACAAGGCAAGGCCAGCAGUCCUUCGUAUAGAUAAUAUCAAAUUCGCAAAACUUCUCCUCGCCAUGAACAUGGGCCAAAAAGAUGACAAGAUCGGGGAAGAAGCAGGUUCGCGACCUGCCGAAGACAACAAGGAAAAAGUCGCGCGCCCACGGGGUAACAUCCACUGGUUAUACCAAGAUGGCGCGGAUAUCCGACAGCUGCCUCUUACAGUGCGAUCAAGGAAUGCUCCAAAUUCUGUGCCAUCUUGGCAACAAAGCUCACUUUUACAGCAACCCUUUAUGCUUCAGAACAACAUUUAUAUACGGGAUCAUGCCUCUGCCGCCAAAUCGCACAGCCUCAAAGAGAGUGCUCGUCAUCGGUCGUCAUAUGAUGGAACUUUUGCGAAUAACAUUUAUGUUGAUGUCCCUUCCUCUUCUGACUCUGAAAACGACGACUACCAUUCGUUUGAUUUGACACUGAAGGGGCAUGAUACAAGAGUCGGAGGAUCUGGUUAUCGUCUCAACGGCAGUAGAAAUUCAAGUUCACAGGAUGAUAUCCGGGUGCUUGUGAACCCUAAAUCGCCCCAGGACGUUUCGCUACGCACAGAGACAGCCAUCACUGAGGAUUUUGAAGAACAGCUCGAGGAGUUUUCAAGGUUAUGGCGACUAGGGAAAUUCCAGGAAGCGACCACCCUCUUUGAUGAAUGCUUGAAGGAUCUUGUGGACAACCCUUACAUUUUGGAGCAAUACGGCCAAUGUCUGCUUGAGAAGUCUGACUACCUUACGCUCUCUCAAUUGGCAAGAGAAUUUCCACCAGAGCCAGCAGAGGGUACCGUACAGACUAGUUGGUAUCUUCUGCUUCAGAGAGCUAAAGCUUCUUCCGAACUUGACUUUCCAACAUUGUCUGCAAUCGAGAAGCCAGGGAUUUUGCAAUUGCUGCGGAAGAAUUGGCCAAAGUUGGACUCCACAGAGAUCCGAGUUUUAAAGAACGCCAUCUAUCUUGAUGAUAGCUCACUUGCAUCCAUGAGUGCGCAGGAUCUUCACCAGGUAUAUCUUUACCUCAAGAUAGAGGGGAGAAUAUGGGAAUUCAGAGACAUCUUUCAGGAAUGUCUAGCUUCUUAUGGCCUCAAAGACAUGAUCCGCAUGAUGUUUGGAGGAAAAGAUGACAGAGGUUCCAAACGACAAGCGGAUAUCGUGCAGACGAUAGUUGACGACUGGGACACGCCAAUGGAAGACGAAGCAGUGUCAUUUGCCUUGUUGGACAUAUUCACGACCUUGGUACUCGCGUCCAUGGCGCAAUUUGAUAGUUCGCGUACAGCUAUCAAGUACUUCGGGGUCGCCCAAAAGCAUGCGGCGCACAUCUUGGCCCAAGAUCCUCAAAAUCUCAAGUCCCGUCCGUACCUGCGCUGGGCCGUGGCGAAGGUACUAAUAGGGCAAUAUACAAGCGAGAAGCCCAUAGGUCUCGCCGCUCUGACACAUCGACUACACCGGUUGCCCGGCAAAUUACGCAUCUCUAAGCGAGUAUUUCCCCAUCAAAACAUACCCAUUUAUGCACCCAUCGAAGAUGAGUCUCUCGAUUGGAGACCGAGCCCGACAACAGAUAGCGAAGAGGAUACCAUCGUGAUCCAAACGGUGCUCAAGACGGCUGAGAAUCUUGGCGACACUGAGCUUCAAGCAGCUUGUAUCCAGGAGUUGAUUUACUUGUCCUCGGACCCAUUAGAGCUACUGAAAUCUCUCAGUGGCAUUUGGCAGAAAGGAGGCAAUCUUCGAAGAUACAAGCAAACGCUCCUCUAUCGAUAUCUUUGUGUCCCCGAAACACCUCCUGAGAUUCGGGAAACGCUUCGUCAUGAAAUUCUCCUAUCAGGCGACUUUUCGUCUGCUGGAUUCUCUCAAUACUCGCAGUACAUGGUUCUUAGAGCUCUGUCGUCUCGGAUUAACGAGAAAGAGGCAUACCUGAAGCAUGCUCAGAAUCUUCAGAAGAUGUUGGAUGGAGAUGGCAGUGCAAGUCAACGCAUGCAUGAUACAAUAGCGCCGUACACAAGCUACCCCAAGUCUAGCUAUACACAACGCUAUGAUUCGAAUACUCGUUCACGGCAAAACAAGCAAACGUACGUGCCGCCGUUUUCGUACGUUUCCAUAGACCGCACAACGACGCGUGAACGGAACAACAAGAAUCGAGAGGAAGCAAGCGAACAAGUUGAGACAGGUAAGCUCAAAUCUAGAGCAGGCGGGGGUGAUCAGAGAAAACAACCACUGGCAAACCCAACCUUUGGCGAUCUCCCAAGGCCGCGGAGUGAGAUGAUUCCAAGCGAGGGAACUAACAAGGCCCACCAACUUGACGUACCUGGUAUGGGCGACACUGUCGACGUUGUGCGAGAAGAGAAAGUGCCGGAGCGCGGGCCUUUUGAAAAUGAUGAAGCAGAAAAGCCAGCAGAUCAGACAAAGCCUCGAGACAAGAGUAAGCAUACCAGAGUCGAUUCAGAAGACGAGAUUAUAGAGAUCAGGCGUGAAGAAGACCACGAAACCGAACAGGCACUGCGAGACGGGGAUGAUGGAGGUGGCGGUGCUCACUUAACAGAAGACAACGAGUACGAAGAUGGGAAUGCUUAGUGAUUCUUAAUCUGUCAGGGGAAUCAAUGAAAAUCAAUCUUCAUCAGUAAUAGUAAUUAAGAGGGCUUCUCAACAUACUUUUGAUCAACAAUAGCAGAAUUCGGGAGCCUUUGAUCAUCCUUUAGUUGUCAUCGUUUUAUGGGGUAGGCCUCAAUAUUAGUCAUGUAUUUUAAAUGUGAAGAAUAGAUU